GCCGAGCUGACGGUACGUCCUUACGCUUUCCGCGCGCGAACACAACGAAUUCAAACACGAUACACGCGUCUACAAAUACGACGACACAACAUUCGCUCAUUGUAAAGUUUUUUAUUUCAUUCUUAAUUUCUUGGACCUUGUGCAGUUUUUAUAUUUGUGUUUUCUUUGUCAAAAUCGUACCUAAAUAGAUAGAUAGUUAUUCGAUUUCAUUAAGACCAAAUAAGUAGAAGAUGGUACCGUGAAAAGCUGUGAGGUGGACGUAUCUAUCGUGAGUACAAUGUAUCGCUGUGAAGCAGACUCAGUCGAAAGUGGACUAUGAGAAUAUCAAAGACAAUGCCGUCGAUAUUUCAUUCAAAGAGUAUAUGCUGUUCAUGAGAUAUAAAACAGAACAAAAUGAUUUUAAAAAUCGGAGGGAAAUCCCCGCCGGGCGCGAAGACUGCCUCAGACAAAGAGGUAAAGAAGGAGGAGAAGAAAGAACCGAAAAAGAAAUGGGAGAAGUGUGAGGAGAGAUGUCCGGGAGACCCGUGGGCGUACUGUGUGGUGUUAUGGUGUGCGUGUGCCAUGAGCCUGAUCUCGAGCGGCUACAGCCUGUACAAGCAGCAGGCGCUGACGGAGCGGCUGUCGCUGCUGGAGGAGCAGCACCUGGCGCUGCGCAGCGCCGUGUUGGAGCCGCAGCAGCCGCUGGUCGAACGCCUGCGUCGCGAGGUGUUGGCGCGUCCGCCUGCAUACUGGCGGCCUCGCAGGAGCAUCCGCGACUACGGGGACUGUGUCUGUCCACCAGGUCCGCCCGGGCCGCCGGGCAAGCGCGGCAAGAAGGGCAAGAAGGGAGACCCUGGCGAGCCUGGACCUCCGGGGUUAACGGGUGCUCCUGGGAAGAAUGGAUUCCCGGGUAGCAAGGGCGAGAAGGGCGAGCGAGGCUACAUGGGCCCUAUUGGCUUGGAUGGACCUAAGGGAGACCCAGGCCGGCCCGGCGACAAGGGGCAGAAGGGUGAGCAUGGCAGCCCUGGCUUCGAUGUCUUCUCUGCCGUUAAGGGCGUGAAGAGAUCCGUGGACAGUUUUAAGAUAAGUCCGUACACGAGCGCCGAGAUCAUAGCCGUCAAGGGCGAGCCCGGGGAGCCUGGGCCUCCGGGGUCGCCAGGGCCGCAGGGAGCAGAAGGCCUGCCGGGUCAUGAAGGACGAGCUGGGCCGCCAGGGCCCUCCGGUCCCCCGGGACCCGCGGGACCCGUCGGACCUCCGGGCCUCGUCGGUCCACCUGGAUCACUGGGACCCGCAGGACCAAAGGGUGACAAAGGCGACAAAGGCGAGCGAGGCUACACGACCACUCUGAAGGGCGACGCGUUCCCGACCGGCAUCAUCGAGGGCCCGCCCGGUACUUGCGUGUGUGCAGGUCGCGACGGCGAGGCGGGCCCGCGCGGGCCGCCCGGCGCGGACGGCGCGCCCGGCCUGCCCGGCGUGCAGGGGCCGCCCGGCAAGCCGGGCGAGAUGGGUCCCAAAGGAACCAAGGGCGAGUAUGGAGAUAUGGGCUCCCCUGGCAUGCUAGGCGCGCCCGGCCUGCCCGGACCGCCGGGUUACCCCGGCUUGAAGGGAGAGAAGGGCGACAAAGGCGACUCGAAGUACAGGAAGCUGAGGCGGCGCCAGAACUUGCAGGGAGAUGGCACCGGCUACGAGCUCUAUGGACAUGAAGUUAUGAUGGGCCCACCGGGCGCGCCGGGACCCGCCGGGCCUCCAGGAGUGGCAGGCCCACCCGGCAUCAAGGGCGACAAAGGUGAACCGGGCACGCGUGGGAAGUCGGGUGAAAAAGGAGAGAAGGGUGAUGCGGGCCCCAUGGGCCUUCCUGGGCCAGUGGGGCUGCCGGGAGAGCCGGGUCGGACCGGUGACACGGGGUCUAGAGGCGCGCAGGGCGAGCCGGGCUCUAAGGGCGAGCGCGGAGACCCGGGACUGCCAGGAACUGACGGCAUUCCCGGACAAGAGGGCCCCAAGGGUGACAAGGGCUACAAGGGAGAACCCGGUCCGGUGGGCAAGCGCGGGCGCAAAGGUGAUAAGGGUGACAAGGGCGAGCAGGGCGUGCCCGGGCUCGACGCGCCGUGCCCGCUGGGGCCGGACGGGCUGCCGCUACCCGGCUGCGGCUGGAGACCCACGAAGGAGGCGCCGCCGCAAGUGCCGCACCGCGAGGACGCGGGCGCGCCGCCCGACGACUCGGACGAGGAGGAGGGCACGGAGGGCGCCGACGAGUACGAGGGCCGCGACGACGAGCUCGACGCGCCGCGCGAUUACGACGACUACACCGACAACGCGCACCACUCGCACCACCACGACUGACCUGUGUCUCUCCUCUCCCUUCCGCUCCCCCCAAUUCCCGCUCUUCCCGCACCUAUUUGAGCCCCGCAAGUACUGGACUGUAAUCCCCCCCCCCCCUCUAACGACUAUCUACCUACUAACAGCGCGGUGAUGGUGUAGCUGAACUAUUGAGAAGCCGUGCUGCAGUGGGUGCGGCGCCGCCUCGACGUCGACAACGACUUGCCGCCGCUGUGACGUCACCGCCGCGUCGCUCCCACGCAUCCGCACGCUAGUCGGCACGGCGACGCUGCUCGUCUGUGGAUGUGAAAUGAAAUUAUUAUAUUCUUAAACAAACUGUAGUUAAAAAGACGUUUCUAUUUGCUAAUGUACUGUACAUAAUUGUGUAAAUGGAUUGUUUUAUAAAUGAAGCUAUUUUUAUAAAAUAGGUAAAUAUUCCAGAGGAGCCACGAUGUGCGCCACAAGGGAAUUGAUUUAGUAAGAGUACACACAACAGGGUAUUCUGGGUGGACUCGUCCUGUAUAUAGUAGAGUAAUGUAACACGAGCGCAUAGAAUUACGAUAUUUAUUCGUUAGUCAAAUUGUGUAGGUAGAUAAAUGCGUCGCUUACAUGUGUUUUUUACGAAGACUUAAAUCUAUAUUAUGUUAUGUAUAUUUAGUAUAGACAAACAUUUUACAAGUGUUAUUUAUAACAUUUAUAGACUUGUAAAUAAUUUCAUUUGUUCAAAUGCUUUGUAAAUGAGUUUAGAGCUACUAUCUUAAAUAUUCAGUGUUUUCUUCAUGCAAAGCCUCACGCUUUUGAUAACUCGUGGCACGGUCAUUUCUGUGUCUAUUUAUUUAAUAAUAGUAAUUUAAAAACUCAAACACUCGACAGCAAUAAAUAUGUGAUGAUGAAAAUAAUUGUAUAAUGAAACUUACAAAAUGUGACGAGUCAGCUAAAAGUCGUGAAUCCAUUAAUACCGAACCGAACCGAACGAAUAGUGCCGUGUGACCGAGUCACGAGCCUCGGCGUGUUUGUAAGCUGUGCUGCCCGGCCGGCCGCGCGGUCCUGACUGAUAGAAGUAUACCUAUUGUUUAUUUGUAAUAUCAUCCUUAAAUAGCUUAAUGUCGCCUGUAAAUAACCAUUAGCUCAUUAGUGAAUAAUGUAGUGUCGGAGAGCCUAGGGUCGACCGGUACAGAGGGCUGCGAGAAGCACCGCCGGCGCUGCCCUCAGUAGCUCACACUACGUUGCAUUCAGUACCUGCCGUUCGUUGUACAUUAUAUUGUAGGUAUUCAUUAAGUGAGUGUGCGUUUAUAUACGGUUAAUUAGUAGAUAAGUUCAUUCCCAUUAGCAGUCACGGAGUCACGGACCCAGGUCCUCUGUGUCUGCUCGAGAGACUUGACUGCCGGAGGCGUAUCAUGGCAGCAUUGUGUACUGAGUAAAGUUAUUCAGUACAAUGUAGAACAGUACCGUAGGGACCCCGUUCACGUUACACGUGUAGGGUGGGCGGCAUGCCAUGAGCAUCCUACCAGCAACCUGUGGCCGAUGCAGUGAGAACGUUGUCGGUGCAACAAGUGAAAAAUACAACAAAACAAUAUAAUGUAAAGCCAAAAUAUUAAAAAACUCACCUGACGUAAUUCUUCUCACUUCUUGGUGACAAACUCACUUAU